UGCCUGGAUGGGAUUGACUGUGAUGACUUCAAUUUCGGCUCCCACUUGAUGGAGCAGAAGGAGCCUGUGAUGGAGACAGCGGAAGGUCCUUACCUUGUCAUCAUUGAGCAGCCAAAGCAGCGGGGGUUCCGUUUUCGGUAUGGCUGCGAGGGCCCUUCCCAUGGGGGGCUGCCAGGAGCAUCCAGCGAGAAGGGGCGCAAGACCUAUCCCACUGUCAAGAUAUGCAACUACAUAGGGAUGGCCCGGAUCGAGGUGGACCUGGUGACGCACAGCGACCCUCCCCGUGUGCAUGCCCACAGCCUGGUGGGCAAGCAGUGCAAUGAGGCUGGCAACUGCAUCGCAAUUGUGGGACCCAAGGACAUGACAGCUCAGUUCAGCAACCUGGGAGUGCUCCAUGUCACCAAGAAGAAUAUGAUGGAGAUCAUGAAGGAAAAGCUGAAGCAGCAGAAGAUGCGCAACAGGAGCCAUAUGCUGACGGAAGCAGAGCUGCGUGAGAUUGAGCUGGAGGCAAAGGAGCUGAAGAAGGUGAUGGACCUGAGCAUCGUGCGGUUGCGCUUCACUGCCUACCUCCGUGAUAGCAGCGGGAAUUUCACACUGGCUCUCCAGCCUGUCAUCUCAGACCCCAUUCACGACAGCAAGUCCCCAGGAGCUUCCAACCUGAAGAUCUCACGGAUGGAUAAGACGGCAGGCUCCGUGCGGGGUGGGGACGAGGUCUACCUGCUCUGUGAUAAAGUUCAGAAAGAUGACAUUGAGGUGCGUUUCUAUGAAGAUGAUGAGAACGGCUGGCAGGCUUUUGGAGACUUCUCCCCCACUGACGUGCACAAGCAGUAUGCCAUUGUCUUCCGCACACCCCCCUACCACAAGCCCAAGAUCGACCGUCCAGUCACCGUCUUCCUGCAGCUGAAGCGGAAGCGGGGAGGGGACGUGAGUGACUCCAAACAGUUCACCUACUACCCUGUGGUGGAAGAUAAGGAAGAAGUGGAGAGGAAGCGCAAGAAAGUCCUGCCUCAGUUUCCCCAGCACUUUGGUGGGGGCUCACACAUGGGAGGUGCUGGUGGUGGGGCUGGGGGCUUCGGUUCUGGAGGAGGUGAGUGGGAGCACCUCUUCCCUCUCCUUGCUUGGGUGGCUGUGGACCAGUCCUGGUCACCUGGCCCCCACCCCGUGGGGGGCUACCAGGGGGGUGUGCAGAUGAAGAGCCCCGAGGUGGAGGGGCCUGGGAGCAAUGGGCAGGCACCUGAGGAGAGCAUGUACUGCAAGGAGCUGCAGAAGCACGCCCAGCUCUGCCAGCUGUGGAUGCUGGCACUGGCCCGUCGCAAUGCCCAUGCCCUGCUCGACUACUCGGUCACCGCUGACCCCCGUGUGCUGCUGGCAGUCCAGAGGCACCUGGCUGCAUCACAGGACGAGAAUGGAGACACGCCUUUGCACCUUGCUAUUAUCCAUGAGCAGACAGCUGUGAUCAAGCAGCUGAUCGAGGUCGUUGUUAGCAUCCCAAGCCUGGGUAUCAUCAACAUCUCCAACAACCUGCAGCAGACACCACUGCAUCUGGCAGUCAUCACCAAGCAGCCCCAAGUGGUCCAGCUCCUGCUGCAAGCCCAUGCUGACCCCACCUUGCUGGACCGCUACGGCAAUUCCCUGCUGCACUUGGCACUCCAGGCUGGCAAUGAGGAGGUGCUGAGGACACUGCUGGCCCACUUGGGCUCGGCUACCCCUUACCUGCUCCAGCUGCCCAAUUUCCAUGGCCUCCUGCCUGUGCAUUUGGCUGUGAAGGCAAAGAGUCUGGCCUGCCUGGACUUGCUGGUCAGGAAGGGAGCGGAUGUGAACGCGGUGGAGAGGCAGGGUGGGAGGACCCCUCUGCACCUGGCUGUGGAGAUGGAGAACCUCAACAUGGCCACCCACCUGGUGAAGAAGCUGGGAGCAGACGUCAACAGACGGACUUUUGCCGGGAACACCCCCCUGCACCUGGCUGCUGGCCUGGGCUCUCCCACCCUCACCAAGCUGCUUCUCAAAGCUGGGGCGGACGUGCUAUGUGAGAAUGACGAGCCUGUGAGCCCGUCCUCAUCAGAAGCCAGCAGCGAACCAGACGCCGACUCCCAGGCACAGGCACGGGAGUUGGCCCCAGCCGUGGAGCGCAGCACCAACCCUGAGCCCCCUGUGCAGGGUCACGGGCAGGCAGGGCACAGGCUGCGCCGCUGCCACGCGCCCCUGGACCUCACUCGGAGCCAGAAGUUGGAGAAGUGGCUGACCCAGGACUGCAGCGGGUCAGAUUGGAUCGAGCUGGCCAAGCGCCUGGGGCUCUGCAGCCUGGUGGAGACCUACAAGGACACUCCCUCACCCAGCGUCAGCCUCCUGCGUAGCUACGAGCUGGCAGGGGGCAGCCUGGAGGGUCUGCUGGAGGCGCUGGACUCCAUGGGGCUCCGCAAGGCCGUGAGGAUGCUCCACAAAACAGAGGCACUGGAGAAGUUGCAAAGCACAGCUGUGGAGGAGAAACCACAGUGCACACAAGAAGUGAAGAGCGAGUUUUACUUCAGUAACUGA